GUGUCUUCCCCGUGCUAUCACAACUUUGGAAACCUGUUUCGCUCCUCGCUCUCUUCCCUGGAGGACCCUUCCCAGCCAGGACUGCCAGCGCAGUUGCAACAUGCAGAGCAAAUCGUUCAAGUCUCUUAUUUCGAUUCGGAAAAGCUGUCUCCUAAAGAACCCUCUGUUACUCCCGAGCUGAUCGACCCGGCCCCAGCCCUGCCACCAGGCGAGGUUUCCAGCCGGCAGCUCCCGGGGCAGCAGCGCGACAGCUCUCCGUGCUCCCCUCCAUGUCGCACGGGAGCCAGGAGCCGCUAAGAUAAACAGAAGUGAUUUCAUCUUGCGUGCGUUUCAGCGGGCGUUUCGGGCAGAAAAGAGGAGCAGGGCCGCACCUCGCUUUGAGGAGACAGUGGCUAAAUAAACAUCUGGGCACUAAUGUAAACUCGCGCGGGUCUCGGUGGAGGUUUGGCGCAGCGCGGGGCCGGGUGCCAGCAGGGUAUGUGCCGGGCUGCACAGCGUCCACGUUCGCGCGAGUGUCGGCCCCGAAUCUUGUCCGCUUCGUACGUGAUGUUUCCCUUGAGCGGUGCCAAGCUGUUUAGUCUUUCGGUUGCUUUGCUGUAACUUCCUUUGUUUAAUAUCCUUUAAAACAGCCGAGCGCCUCACAAAGAGAAGCUUGUUCGGCUGUGCAGCAGCCAGCGAGACAAAGAGACUUCCACGUCUCCUGUUUUUACAAGCCGGGAUGAAUCACCCAGCUCCGCACGCGGUUCCCCAGCCGCGCGCCGGUAUUCCCCUUGCCCGGGGACUGGCGCUGAGGAAGCAGAGAUGCGCGGCCGAGCUGCCGGGAGGGCUCACACGCGGGCCGGGAGGGCUCACACGCGGGCCGGCUGCCGUCAGCAUCCCCUGGCACCGCGCUGCCCUUCCCGCCGAGGCGCUGCCGGUGUCGGGUUUGACGUCGGCGUGCUCCAGCGCCGUUAACUGUUUCCUAGUCCUCCAGCUGCAGGGCACGAGAGCAUCGCUGCCGCCAAGCACGGUAGGAGCCGUUUGUGGCCGAGGCUGCAGUGGUCGCUCAGACUUUGCUUUAUCGGAUGGCGUCUGCUUGUGUGGAAGUGUCCUUGCUCCAGAGGAAAGGGCUCCGUGUUUCUUAAGGCAGUGCUGCACGUAGUGAGCGACCCGUUUGCUUUUAACGGGAGCGCUUGGGAGUGGUGCACGCGAGGCUGCGGGACGAGGAGGGAGCAGCCCCGGCUCGUGAGCCCCCCAGAAGCUGCGGGGUGCUCGAGGCGGGGGAGCUGGCUCUGCCCCUGCCGUGUGCGUCAGCUCUCAGCGCUCUCACACACGGGCCUUCGGGUCAGCUGUCUCUUUAUCCUCCCUAUUCCUCCCCCUCUCUCUCUGGCCUCUACAGUAAAUCAUUCUGGUUCUAUGAAAUACGGCACAACAGCGGGGAGGAAUAGCGGGCCAUGCACAGGCGGAUUUGACAACCUGAUAUUUUUGUCUUGCUAGCCCCGUGGGCUGUCAGUUUCCAGAUAUCUCAGCUGAGCUGAUUCAAAUAUCAAAGGCAGCGGCACGUUAGGAAGGUGUGCCGCUGUCUUGGUGAAGUGCCAGCACGGCGGGGGGAGCCAGGGCCGCCGUCCGAGAUACCCUCCUGGAGCAAACGACUUCAUUUCCAGCGGUGGCUGCUGCCCCGUCCCAUCACGCUGGUGCCGUAAACGGGUCAGAAAAGCCCAUAAGAGGGCAACCCCACGACCACGCACCAUGCUGCCAGUGCACAUCCGGACAGCCACCGCAGAGGUGAGGAUUUGGGGCGCUGAGUUUCGCUUCAAAUCCAUCUUCCCGGGAGCCCUUCUGGGGAGCCGCCGUCCGUCAGGACGCGACGGUGCCCAGGACUUCCUAGCUUGCCCCUUAACAUUUUCUGCUUGUGCUUGGAUGUGACGGCUGUUAAAGUUCUGCAUUCUCAGACUUUUACGUUAUAACACAUCAGGGUGGGGCUUAAAUAAAUAAUAGCUCAAAGGCAGGUUCGAAAUGAAUCAUGAUUCGAGGGCAGGACGCGAGGGUGACUAACUGUUCGGAGCAGUGACCUCUCUGGAAGUGAAGUGAGGAUACCGGAGACGCAUGAAAUCUCGGAGGAGCAGCACCGCUGCGGAUGGAGGCAGGCAGUGAAGGAUCUCAAAGCAGGAUUUAACCCUCGGAGCAGUCCUAAUCCUGACCCUGAUGCUGUGAUGCUGUGGACCGGGCCGAUUGGCACAGCCUGACUCCAAACCCCUCGAUUUUUACCCAGGUGCAGAGCAACUGCUCUCAGGGAGGCUACUGGCGAUCAAAAUAUUUUCACUAAGUGAAACUUAAUUGAAAGAUGUUGUGUUAUCAAAGCCAAAACAUGUUGUGGAGAUGUAUUGGUUUGAAAGCUCAUCUGUCAGAGCUCUUAGAGGGAGAGAUUUCUCUGAUUAAAGUCUUUGCUCUGUGUUUAAAGCAAACAAACGAGAAGCGCCUCACCUUGCUGCUAUUUUAGCACAGCUGGGCAAACGCUACAUAAAAAUUACUCUGCAAAUCAUUUGCCUAUCUCUCUGUGAGAAGGAUUUUUCAUUUGAAUAUAUUUACAUUAAUUAGUGCCUUUCGUAUGGUUUUGAUGCCUGCACUGGGCUCAGUUUCAUUUUGGCACCAAAACUGGGGGGAGAUCCUGCCUUGUAGGGUGGCGUACGCCGUUCGCCAGGUCCGCAGACCUCUGUGUCCUGCGCUUCCCGAAGCAGACUUCUGUUGAUUAAAAGCUGCCAGAGUUUCGCAUCCCUGCAAGCAUCUUUGAGAAGUCGUUUCAGGGCACCAGGUUAUUUGAAUUUUCCAAAGCCUGUUCUCCUACUCAGGUAAAACCCCUGCCGGAUUUGCCUAAACGAGGACUGCGGAGCCUGACUCAAAUUUAAAUUAAAUUUAAAUUGCUGCUUCAUACGAUUAACAAAAUCCCGCUUUUAAUUGCAUUGCUCUCUUGUUAAACGAUAAGCACACUUCCCCCUCUCUGUUGUCGAAGGCCAGGGAGGCAAUCCAGGUGCUCAGCGCCCUCCUGCCCUACGUCCCCAGGCGGUGGGCAGGACGUGGGGUGCCCCCCUGGGUGCCGGGGACCCCUCGGGUUCCAGGGACGCGCUGCCAGCUCUGCUGCUGCCUGGCACGGGCGGAGGAGCCGGGGAGGUGCUCUGGUUUGUGGGCUCUUUUUACGAAGUUGUUUGGCUUCCUUUGGCACUUGAGGCUUCGUCAGUGUGGUUUGCAUGGGUGGGACUGACAAAAGAUUUUGGUCUGAGAUCUGCAGCCUGCUGGAGCGUUAUCUGCUCUCACGGCCGCAGAUGUUGUCAGCUGCAGCAGGGCUUUCUUUAAUCAAGUUUUUAUGUCAACAAACAAACUGCUGCAGUUUUUAAUUUUGCUGUUGCUUCCUAGCCCCUAGCCUUCAGCUCAGGCCGGUGCUCAUCGGCUCUUGCUUCCUCAAUUUUCUCGUGCACUUAACUCACAACAAACAUUUUUUCAGCUGGUAAAACUCUGUAAAAACAAUUUUGCAGAACCAGUGUUUUCGCUUGUUCCUGCUUUUAUUGACGGGCCUCUUGUUAGGCUGAAGAAUAAAACCGGAGCGGGACUGACAGCCUGGUGCUAGGGCUCACCAGGCUGGCGCUGGGCUCGGGACCUGCCCCUCGCCUGUGACCUGGUGCUGGAGCAGCCCUGUCCCCGUCCCCUGGAGCGCGUGCUGUUUUCCAGGUAAAGGGCUCCGGUGCCAAGCGUUUUUGGGGUACUGGUGAGGACAUUGAUACCAAAUACGAUUCUGUCAACGCACCAAACGUUAACCCAAAACGAGGGCUGUUGGUACAAAGAGGGUACGGAGAGCCCGGGGUACACCGGGACCUGAAUUCAUCGGCAGGAGGUCCUGCGGGCUGCCCGGCCGGAGGAGGCUGGGAGCAGAUGUGGCCCCGCAGGGCACGGCGCGCAUUUCUCAGCGUGCCAACAAAAACUGGGGCGGGCACACCUUGUAAACACAUGACAAAUUCAUUUUCAGGAAAAUAAGCAGGGUGGUUUCUCCGUGACCUUGCCGAUCCCCCAGCAUCAGGUGGAGGGGUUUUUUCUUCUGGCUCACCAUUUCCCAGCAAGUGAGUAACGUGCCCCGAGCCUGCUUUUAAAUGAGGAAAUUCGGAAUCGCUUCUACGCAGGGCUAAAUGCACAGCGCCUGCCUGGUGCAGGACCGUGUGGGGAGUUUUUCCUUUCCGGCAUUUUAAUUCAAUUUGCAUAUUUCAAGUCUCAUUUAUCUGGAAAUGAGCUGGAAACGUACCGGUGAUAACACUGGUGGUUCAGGUUCCAUUUCAUCACUUUUUAAGUGCUGCGUUGCAUAAAUGCAUACCACCCAAGGGAGGUUUCAGAUGAAAUGCUAAACUUUACGGGUAAAAUCUGAAUAUUAUGCCGUCUACAUCAGAUAUAUGUUAUUGCUUUCAUGAGCAGCCACAUGCUGAUUUAUGGCAGCGUGCUAUUUAUUUAUCAACAUUUACAUUGUGGAUUUUUAAAUUAUUCUAAUAACACAAAGCCAACAAGUUGGUCAUGAUGUUUUUCCUUUAAAGUCUUCCUUUGAACGCAUAUAUAAAUCAACUCUCCUUUGAUGUGAAAUUGGAGAUUUCAUAACCGUGUGUUUACUUUUUGGUUUAAAAAAUAAGCUGAAGGGAAAACAGAAAACAAAAACCAAAUAGUACUUUGUAUCUCAUUAGAAAUAGUUUCUAGCACAUUAAAAACUAUAUUGUUUUAGGAAACAAGAACUAGAAAGAGUUGCAAAAGCAUUUGAUUUUUUUAAUGACUGGCUGUUGACUGCAACCAUUCCACUUUUCUUCAGGCACUGAAAUAUGUCUGAAAACCUUCUCCUGUAGUAUUGAUUUAAUGUGAAAUUAGGCUUCUUUUUUUCUUUAAACAUUAUAUUUAAAUGCGCCUUCCCGACGUCUGUUGUGCGAGUGCUUGAAGAGGAAAACUAAUAGAAAUUGUGGAGUAACAAGGGCAGCUGCAGGCCAGUUUGACGAUCCUUCUUGUAAGGGAGGUGACGUCGGGAAAGCACAGCCAAAUGGUCGGGUUGCUCCUCCGAUAAAUUAAAGAACUUUAACUCUUUUGGCUUGCAAACUUUUAAAGAAAACAACAAAAGAAAAACCUCAGCCCUACAAAAUCAACAGGCUUCCCAAAUGUGCUUUGGUGAAAAGCAGAACGGUGACAAAUUGCUUCUGGGUGGCGACCAGGUGCUGGGCUGCAGAGACCUUUUUUUGGCAGCCUGUUUGAGUAAGGACCAGUACGGGACAAGGUGCAUCAACGCCAGGAAGAGAGGUAUUUAAAACGUUUCUCCCAGCUCCUCCGGCGCUGGUGAUGCGAUUACUCUGAUUUUUUUAAAUCUGCAGUAGCACAUCUGCGUCGCAUCCAUUCUCUUAGCGCGACCAGAGAUCCGGACAAAAGCAUUACGCACUCGCCGCUUGACCUGGUAGUCGUUUGCAUGCAUGAGUAAUUUCCCUCCUGCGUGUAAAUAAUUUCCGCCUUGAUUCCCAUCGCCGUCCCGUCCCGGGGCAGGUAGGUGUCAGCUGUUCCUCCCCAGCUCCCGGGGCCGGCCGGCCCGCCAUUCCCAGGAGAGGUGCUGCUAACACGAGUGGAGUUAAUUGUGCCUCCAGAACUGAAGUGAUUUACCAGGGCAAUUAAACCGAGAAGGAUUAAGCCCAGCUGCAUUUGCGUAGAAAUCAAAGGCGAAAGUUGCCCUUGUACCACAAAUCCCUUUGUUCUAAGGAUUUCCAAGCGCAGUGGAAGAGCGAGGGAUGUAAUAUUUGCGUCAGAAGGGUGGGUCACCGGGAACAGAGUUUAUAAACAUUUUUACACGCUGGAGAUCUGCAACGAGAUUCCCCCAUCAAAGUGCGGGGUGGGACCCCACUCUCCGUAGGUAUUCCAGGCUGGAGCCCCACAGCAUCUUAGCAGCUCUUUUAUCUUGCAAUUGCCCUCAGCUCCUGCAAAUGACUCAAACUUUUUCAGGCAGCCUGUUUGAAUAAGGACUCGUGGCCUCAGGGAACCUCAGCUGGUAUACAUUGACUUCAAAGGAUUUGCAUCAGCAGCAGAUACAUCCUCCUGUCUUUAUGCUGUCUGUAAGGCACCAGGAACACCUCUGAUGCUGUGCUCCAAGGGGCAAUAGGAACAGGAAUGACAACGGGACUAUUGCCGGAGCUGGCUUUGGGCUGGAAAGGCCAAGAACUGUAUGUACAUCUGCGUAGCUCUCUGAUGAACCUUCUCGGGAAAGGAAGAGAGUUAUUUCUUCCCUAAAAAGCUAGAAAAGUAGGAUUUACCACACUGAUGCAUGAGGAGGAUCUCCCGGCUUGUGGCUGAAUGCUGCCCUGAACGCCCCGUGCCACACGCAUGGAGAAGGAGUGCGGCCAGUGCGGCGUGCUCAGGCUCCUGGGUCUGGCACAUCCCAUCACAGGCAGGGCCACUUCUCUUCCUUUGCAUGAAAACGAAGGCAAGCAAGCUUUGCCUGCAGAGCUUUCGGUGGGAUGGGUGAGAGGGGCUGUACCAGCUCGCCAUAAGGUUGUGGGAGCUGUCGUGCACUCGGUGGCAAUGCCACCGCCUUGUCACCGCGCUUCUGCUCGGUGGGCACGUCCUCGCCACAGAACCUGGUGCUGGGGCAGGUGCUCAGCCACUCCCUGCAGCUGGAGGGGCUAACCCCAUCCUGAAAAUGCCCCUACCGAGGACGUGGACCGAGAGGGUGCGACGUCAGGAGUGAGGAGGGGAACCGUGAGCUGAGUUCCUGAGCGGUAAUCAAGGAAAUUCCCACAUGCACGCAGAGUUGGAAGGCUGGAAAGAAACUGUGACUCCCUCUACCAGAGAAUACAUGAAAAAUUAAUCAAAGAAUGAUUCAAUUUCUGGGAGGCUUAAUUUGGUUCAGAUGACUUCUGCAGUUACUUCAGAGCAUGCGAAACAGGAAGGCUCCCCCCACUGUGAUGUCUUUUUCUCACACGAUCCUCCAGAUGGUUUUAGACUUCUGUUACUUGAUUAGGAGGUCAGGUGUGCUGCCGUGUGUGCUUCCUUAUUGCAAAUUUCAGGUUGGGUUUCAUUUCAUUCACAGGAUUUGCACUCUUUUCAUCAGCUCUACGUGUUGAUUGCAGUGGUCGGAGUUGGGGUAGAGGGAAGGGAGCCCCAGGACAAUUCCCAAUUCUGCCUCUUGCUUCUUUUGCACGGGAAGCAGCCCUUGAACCCCUGCACGCAGCCAUUCAUGUGCCUCUUCCGCAUGCCUCAGCUCCCGUCAGUACGGCAAGGUUAUCAGGGCCUCUUUCCUUUGUAAAAGGCACUGAGAUGAUUGUUAAUUAUGAAAAUAACAGCGCACGUGCACAUGUUGCUGAUACGCGUUGCUGUAAUUGCCGAGCCGAGUUCUGCAGCUACGCACGAGCUCUCUAAAGCACACAGCCUGCUCUCCCCAAAGAAGCAACACUUCUGUUUGCUUAAUGGCAAAGCAGUUGGUAUUUUCUCAGUGCUAGCAUGCAAUCUGUUUGUUUUACCCUUCGCUGUCAAAUCGAUUUAACGAAGGAAUCGUUACCGAGGUUUGCACAUGACAUCACGCAUUGAUCUGUGCGGAGAGGGAGCAGCAUGCUUUCUCCCCGCGGGUGCCGCAGGCAAAUGGCAAAGCAGCUCGGAGGAAACAGCGCCGCUCCAGAGCAUCCUGACGUGGAAGGAAGCUAAGGAAAAACCCCCAAUCCCCCCACCAGCAGUGAACACAUUGGGAUUGCCAUGCGAACCAUCAGCGCGCCUUGUUCCAUACCAAGAUGAGUUUUUUUUUUUAAGUGUGUCGUGUUAUUAAGGAAAUCCCCCUUAGGUGCCCGCAUCAUCCAGAUGGUAAAUUCCGGUAGAAGGUACAAAGCACGGGGGUACUCUCGUGCACAUACCUGGCACUGUGGGUGUCUCGGCUGGGUUUGGCAAUGACAGACUUUCCAGCCGUGCUGUAAUACCGCCGUCUGCGUUUAUAAAAGGUUGCCGAUUAAAAGUCUGGAAAAGUGAGCAAGAUUAAGGCUGUUGGAAGAGAUGAAGGGGACAGACUUCUGGUUAAAGAUCAGAUAUGAGGGUACAAAGGUCUUUUAUCUGUCCUCAUCUCUGCUACGGAUGGCUUGUGUGACCUUGCAGAGGCUGUUUAAUUGCUUUGUGCCUCUGUGAAAGGCAAGAGCUACCCUUUGUACUUUAUUAAGCCAGAUGUGAGGUAAGGGCGCUUUUUUUCAAAUGUUUGCCCACCACUUGGCAUUAUUUGUCUGAAAGGGGCGAUUGUUUGUGUAGAAACCCCAACUGAUGUAACUUUACUUAAAAGUUGUUUGUGUGAUCAUCUGAUUAUGGUGUUUUUCUUGUAAAGAUAAAGGCCUCAAUCCAGAGAAAUAUUUCGGCACGUGCUUCACUGUAGGUCUGUGGGAGGGUUCACAUGCUGCUGGCAUGGUGCUUGUGACCCACGAAAAUACGUCACUUUGAGGAACGAUAGGGUCAGAGCUCUCAUCUCAUCCCAGAGGCUUUCUCCAGCUCCGUUUGCAGUCCUUUUGCCACUAGUUUUCUAAGUUUUUCAUCACUAAGGUUUCUCAGCUGUCUGCCUCUGAGCCUCGUCAGCUCAAGGGGGAGAAAGAGGUGGCUUCACAGCUCCUUUAGCUCUGGUCUUGUCACGGAGAAGGCGCUUGUCACUGGUACGCGGGGCAUGGAGGCUGGGUUAGUGACGGUAGCUGCAAGGCCCGAGCCUGGUUUGUGUGCGAGGGGGAGAUCUGGGGAGGUAGCGGGCGUUAGAAGGAGCUUUUCUGUUCAGAAGGAGAGUGAGGGAAGUGUGUCAUGAGCAUGGACAGCACCGUGACUUGGUGUUGUCCCCCAGCUCGACUUCCUGCUGCCCGCAGCAGCCCGGCCUGCUACGGCUGUGGCUGCAGCUGUGGAGCCCCAGUGCGGGGCCUGCGGCAGGACUCUCUGGAGCCUUCCCCCAGUGUUUCCAGCAUGGUUCAAACUCCUUUAUCAUUAUUACCGAGGUGAGCGUGUGGCCAAAACCCAAACGCCCCAUCCGGCCCGUGCUGAGCAGCGGCUGGAGCAUCCCUGGGCAGGGGGCUUUGGGCCCAGCGUGGCGCUCAGGGAGGGCAGCCUGCGGGCCGGGCCUUCUGCCUUUGGUGGCAAGGUUAGCGUGGAGGAGCACAGCUCGGGAGCCACGGAGCGCCCUUCUGCGAGCAGUGGGCGAGGAGUCCGCGUAGGUGCUGGCAUUCGUCAGAAUCGCCCCGAGGCGCUGUGGCUCCGCUUUUAAAAGUCAAAGUGAGAAACGGCACCGAAAGCAGCCGCAGCUCCGCGUGGGGCAGUGCUGGGGUUCGUGGGGCGAUGCUCCUCGGGGUGCCCAGGGAGCUGCGGGCUCUGCACCUCACUGCACCCAGAGCCCUGUGGCCAGGGCUGCCCCGCAGCACGCCAGGGAGCCUCGUGACGUUGCGCGGAGCACCACUGAUAGCGUUUAAUCAAAGCAGCCUGAGAAAGGAAAUAAUUCAAGACGAAGGAUUGCCCUUCUGUUUCGGGAGCCCCAGCCGUGCGGUGUGGCGUGUUGCAGGCACCAAGGUCGCCCGAAGGCAGCGGGGGCGCUUCCCCACAGGGGUGAUUCCUCACUGCGAUCGCUGCCACGCACACCAAAACGCGCUUUGCUGCUGGUUUGAGGCUAAAAGGGCAGCUGCAGCUUGCUAAUAAAGUGAUUGUAUUUUGGCUUAACGUAACAAUGAAAGUAGCGAGUAAACCUCCGAAUUUGGGCUGUGCCUAUAUCCUAGCGAGAAAGAAAGAAUUUAUUAAAAUCCUGCAUUGAGACUGCAGGCUGACAUCACAGAUGUAAGGUUAUUGCUAGUUUAGCCUUCUUCGUUGAAAGAUAUUCCCUGUUGUAAAGGUGCAUUUUCCUACAUUGCUGUGUUUUGCCCUCUACCGUAUGGGGAAAAAAAAUAGCGAUCCCAGUAAAAAUGUGAAAAAUCGUGGUCUCAACAAUCCAUCUGAAUACUUGCCUUGAAAAUCCUCAGCCUCUGUCAUGAAGAGGAUUUUUUAAAAAAGCAUAACCAGAGAUGAGAGGGCUGCCUACUUUGACUUAUUUAAAUAUGCACAGAGCUUCCUCCAUUUUAAUCUUCCUUAUAAAAAGAUGGCUGUGUUACUAAAGCUGGCAGCCCCUCAGAAACCAGCAUCAUUUUUUUGUCAGCCGGUUCAGCUGAGCAAGGCUAAUGUGGAGUGGGGACCCCCUUCAGCCAACUAAGCAACCAGGACGAUUCAUAAUUCAUAAGUGCUCGAAGCCAUCUCGCUGAAUACAUUUGGAUUAGUUCUUGUUUCUUCGUGCAAUCCCUGAUUUCAUUAUUCUCUCCUGCUAGCAAAUAACACCCACGUUCAGCCCUCUGCAAAGAUGCUGUGCCAAGGCUGGCUUUGUCUGGGAUUAGCGACUGCCGGGCUUUUGGGGAUCUCUGGGCUUGAUGAAUGCUGAUUUUUUUUACUGACUGGGAAACCGGGGUGUCCUUGUGCUUGUGGAGCUCUCCUGUCUUGCCGGCGAUUUCUGCAUAAGGAUCUGUGGACUGUGGUGUGGAGUUUUCCAAAAUGCCUGAAGCAAACUAUUUGUUAUCUGUAUCUUGGGGUUAUAUUAAGUUCAAGAGAAUGCUGAACCGCGAGCUGACACACCUCUCUGAGAUGAGCCGCUCCGGCAACCAGGUGUCUGAGUACAUUUCCAACACUUUCCUGGACAAGCAGAAUGAUGUGGAGAUUCCUUCUCCCACACAGAAAGACAGAGAGAAGAAGAAAAAACAGCAGCUCAUGACACAGAUCAGUGGAGUGAAAAAAUUAAUGCAUAGUUCAAGCUUAAAUAAUACCAGCAUUUCACGAUUUGGUGUGAAAACAGAAAAGGAAGACCAUCUGGCCAAGGAACUGGAAGAUCUGAAUAAAUGGGGUCUCAACAUAUUUAAUGUUGCCAGGUACUCCCACAACAGGCCGCUCACCUGCAUUAUGUAUGCUAUAUUUCAGGAGCGAGAUCUACUAAAAACAUUCAAGAUCUCAUCAGACACUUUUGUAACGUACAUGAUGACUCUAGAAGACCACUACCAUUCGGAUGUAGCUUACCACAACAGCCUACAUGCUGCUGAUGUUGCCCAGUCCACCCAUGUUCUUCUCUCCACCCCUGCACUGGAUGCUGUCUUCACUGAUUUGGAAAUCCUUGCUGCAAUUUUUGCAGCUGCAAUUCAUGAUGUGGAUCACCCUGGUGUCUCCAAUCAGUUUCUUAUUAAUACAAAUUCUGAACUAGCCCUGAUGUACAACGACGAAUCCGUCUUGGAGAACCACCAUCUUGCUGUGGGUUUCAAACUGCUUCAAGAAGAGCACUGUGACAUCUUCCAGAACCUGACCAAGAAACAGCGUCAGACUCUCAGGAAGAUGGUGAUUGACAUGGUAUUGGCAACAGAUAUGUCCAAGCAUAUGAGUCUGUUAGCUGAUCUGAAGACCAUGGUGGAAACCAAGAAAGUGACCAGUUCAGGAGUCCUCCUUCUGGAUAACUACACAGAUAGAAUACAGGUUCUCCGAAAUAUGGUACAUUGUGCAGACUUGAGUAAUCCCACAAAGUCUCUGGAGUUGUACCGGCAGUGGACAGACAGAAUCAUGGAGGAGUUCUUCCAGCAGGGAGACAAAGAACGAGAAAGAGGAAUGGAAAUCAGUCCAAUGUGUGACAAACAUACAGCGUCAGUGGAAAAAUCACAGGUUGGGUUCAUCGACUACAUCGUCCAUCCGCUUUGGGAGACGUGGGCUGACCUGGUGCAGCCCGACGCCCAGGACAUCCUGGACACGCUGGAGGACAACAGGAACUGGUACCAGAGCAUGAUACCUCAGAGCCCCUCUCCUCCGCUGGAGGAGCGGAGCAGGGACUGCCAGGGCCUGAUGGAGAAGUUCCAGUUUGAACUGACCCUCGAGGAGGAGGAUUCGGACGGACCUGAGAAGGAAGGAGAGGGCAUCGGCUACUUCAGCAAUACAAAGACACUCUGCAUGGACGACCCAGGGGAAAAAGAUUCACAGAGGGAGGCGAACAUAGAAAUUGUGACAGAAGACACAUCUCCUGUUGACACAUAAUGUCCUGUACCUGUGUAAGUGGAUUUUAAACACUUAAUGAGCAUGCGAGCAGUCUCGAGGGACUCGCCUGCAGCCUGGGUCUUAGGCCUGUGUCUAACAUUGGCUAAAAGUUCUCCCCAGCUACUUGAGAUUGGAGUCAGGGUUGGAGAUCGUGUAGUGAAUGAUUGCUCAGGAAAUUGCCGGAUGAUUUACAUUGUGGUUUAAGCCUUGUCAGCUAAAAGCAUCGUGUUGUCCUGGAGCUGGCUUGAAUCGUAACUGAACAGUAAAUGACACACAACUGAGAGAUUUUAUACUGUUAGUUUUGGAAUUUAUACCAGUUAGACUGAUAGAAACUACUGAUUAAUAACUCUACGUAUAAAACCUGUCCACCUGACCACCUGUCUGCAGACCUGUGUGCCUUCUUUGUAAACACUUUCAUGUCUUUUCAAGAGUCUAUUAAAUACACGGAGUUUAGUAUAAAGAGCAACACAAAGUGUUUCAAAAUUGAUGGAUACUUUUUUGAUUCUUCCUGUUACAAGAAGCAGUCUUCCUUUUUUCAUGGGCAAUACCUGUCACUUUAUUGCAGUUAAUCACUUUUACAGACUAAAUAGAAAGGACACCCUCUGUUUUGCAUUACUGCACCUCUAGUAGUCUUCUUACUACUCCAGACGGCCCAUUUAGAGUCACUUCAUGCCAUCGUGCACCCUCUCCGUUGGCUUGCUAGAAAUAACAGUAUUUUUUCCUCAACUGGGUUUUCCUUUCGUUGUGCACAGGACAAAGGGUAGUUUGUUUUCAUGGCACCGUGCAGUACAUAUAUCAGUAAGCGUAAUAAGGCAGUGUGUGACGCGCGCUCCCCCUCGGCAGCUCCUUGGCUCAGUGGAAGUUGCACGCUCAGAUGUUUGUGUUUCUCUCGCCUGUUGUUCACGUUUCCUAGGUUUAGGUCCACCGUCCUCCUCCCGCACUGCCUUGAGCUCUAACACCUCCAUUACUGUUUAUAACAGUGUAUUUAUUACGUAAUGUAUAUACUGUAAUGUUUUGUAAGUUAUUAAUUUAUAUGAAUUAACAUUGCCUGUCGGCGGUGAUGUUAAUUGUGUAGAAAACUCGGAAUAAGAGUUGCCUUUUUUUCUUGUAACCUUUUGUAUUGCAUAAAAUACAAGAACCUGAACAUAGCUGAAGAGACAUACGCAACCCAGGAAGGGCAUUUGGGUGGCAGCCGCCCGCGGGCUUCGUCCUCGCAGCGAACGGGGGCGAGCCAGGCCCCAGGGGAGGGGAACUGGGGGGUCGUGGGCGCCGAAAGGCUGGAAGGGGAAAAGGAAAAGGAAUCCCCCCGCCAGUGGGCCGGCUUUUAAAUGUCACGUUCCAAUUUCUGAACAACCCAAUGUGAAUUUCUAUGACAAAAAUGUGAACUGAUGUAAUAAUUGUGCUGUGAAACUUCUUCUGACAAAGCUUGUUAGGCAUCGUGAGCGGUGUCAAUCUCAGUUUGUAAAAUAUGUUUCAAGCUUUUGGUCCAACUUGUGACUAACUAGUUAAUGAAAAUAGCACAGUUGUGCAUGAUCAAUGGGUUUGUAUGUCUGUUGAACACUGCAUUGUUCCAGGUGGUUAUUUUAUUGUUUUCAAAAAUUUCACACAAUGUAUGUUAUAGUAUUAUAUAUUGUGUUCAGAUGCAUUCUUAAGAGAUUUUUAUAUGAAGUGAAUAAAUGAAAGCAUGACCCUGC